AGGGGGCGCCUCGCGCUGCCGCUGCUCGAAAGGACGGUGCAGUGAGGCGGGCUCGGCUGGCGGGCGUGCGCGGAGCGGGGGCCGCGGGCGCGCUGCAGAGAUGUGACUCGGGCCCAGGGCCAGCAGGAGCGUCAGCGCUGCGGGGCCGCGAGGGUCGAAUCUUCCUGGUGUCAGAGAGAAAGAUGAGAACCCACCAAGUGUUCCCCCUGCCCCUGCUCCUGGUGAUUGCCUCGGUGGCUUCAGAGAACGCCAGCACAUCCCGGGGCUGUGGGUUGGACCUUCUCCCUCAGUACGUGUCCCUGUGCGACCUGGACGCCAUUUGGGGCAUCGUGGUGGAGGCAGUGGCCGGGGCGGGGGCCCUGAUCACACUGCUCCUGAUGCUCAUCCUCUUGGUGAGACUGCCCUUCAUCAAGGACAAGGAGAAGAGGAGGCCCGUGUGUCUCCACUUCCUCUUCCUGCUGGGGACCCUGGGCCUCUUUGGACUGACAUUUGCCUUCAUCAUUCGGAUGGAUGAGACAAUCUGCUCCAUCCGACGCUUCCUCUGGGGUGUCCUCUUCGCGCUCUGCUUUUCCUGUCUGCUAAGCCAGGCGUGGCGGGUGCGGAGGCUGGUGAGCCAGGGCACGAGCCCAGCCGGCUGGCAGCUAGUGAGCCUGGCACUGUGCCUGAUGCUGGUGCAGGUCAUCAUUGCCACCGAGUGGCUGGUGCUGACCGUGCUGCGUGACACCAAGUCAGCCUGCGCCUACGAGCCCAUGGAUUUUGUGAUGGCACUCAUCUAUGACAUGGUGUUGCUGGUCAUCACCCUGACACAGUCCCUCUUCACGCUAUGUGGCAAGUUCAGGCGGUGGAAGGUGAACGGAGCCUUCAUCCUCAUCACAACCUUCCUCUCUCUGCUCAUCUGGGUGGUCUGGAUGACCAUGUACCUGUUCGGCAACUCGAUCUUUAAGCAGGGAGAUGCCUGGAGCGACCCUACCUUGGCCAUCACCCUGGCAGCCAGUGGCUGGGUUUUUGUCAUCUUCCACGCCAUUCCGGAGAUCCACUGCACCCUCCUCCCACCCCUGCAGGAGAACCCACCCAACUACUUCGACACCUCACAGCCCAGGAUGCGGGAGACGGCGUUUGAGGAGGACAUGCACCUGCCUCGGGCCUACAUGGAGAACAAGGCCUUCUCAAUGGAUGAGCAUAAUGCAGCUCUUCGGUCAGCAUCGGGCUUUUCCAAUGGAAGCUUGGGGAAAAGAUCCAGCGACAGCCUGGGAAAGAAACCCUGCAACCUGGGAAGCCGACCCAGCGCACCAUUCCGAAGCAAUGUGUAUCAGCCGACCGAGAUGGCUGUCGUACUCAAUGGCGGGACCAUCCCAACUGCUCCGCCAUCUCACACAGGAAGACACCAUUGGUGAAAGACCUUAAGAUCUCUCUUACUGAUUUUAUUCCCUGGCUGUGUCUUUCUUGAGGGCGCAAUCAAUAACCGUGGCCGAGACAGGCCACCUGGAAGCCAGGAAAUCUGAGAAUUUCCACCGAGGGGAUUUGGUGUAAAUGUGACAUACGGAUGAACUGGAAAGCUAACAGUGACUGCCCUCCCCUAUCCUGCCACACACACACACACAACAUGGAAUCGUCCUGCAAACUAAAUCAGAGCUAACUGCCAAUAGUCUUAGGCUCACCCAGAGAGGCAUGGCUGGAAAACUGUUUCGUCCAGCGCGGGCAGGGCAGAAAAGAAUCCGCAGCUGGUGUACCAGGCUGAUGUUGGCUUAGACGAGGGGUUUGAGCCAACCUGUCACACCCUCCCCGAGUGCUGAUCCCCAGGGAGGUCUUUUGGAGACAGCUAUGCCCUUGAGGUUAACUCACGGACCCUUCUUCUUCCCGGCUUGCUUGCUUGGUGGCCUAUGCAGUUCAGGGGACUUUAGGAAGUUGUGGCUGUGAUUCCAAAGUAAGGCCCAACCGGACGGUCAGGCAGCUGUGUAGCCAGUGGGAGUGGAGGAACCGCAGAACGUGCCAAAGAGAAGGUACUCCGGGCCUUGAAGUGACCAUCGCGUUUAGACAGUGGUGACCAACCACUGUUCCGUCUACACGCUGCUUGCUCUGCCUAGCGCCCCACCCACCCCGCCUCCCUCCCUCACAGAGUGACAGAAGUAUCCCUUCUUCCUCUUACUGCACUUGCUGGUCCUCCAUGCCCCUUUUCCAACGUCAUUCCCCUGUUCAUUUCAGAAGCUCAGACAGGGCCACUGGCUUGAAGCUUUGGCUUUAGGGGAGCCGGGCUGGGAGGCAGGCACCAUAGCAGCCUUUUCACAAUGUCCUGUGGCUGGGCUCCCCGUGGGUGACCUCUAGGAUGGAAAGAUGUCAUCCUCAUGUCCAGCAGCCAGUGACUUCUGGGGUCUCUCCCCUUGAUGUGGCUAGAAGUCUAGGAUAGAAUGAGUUCCAUGAAGGUUUCCUGCUGCUUUCGGGGUUUUGCAGAACAUUUUAAUCUUGGUUUUCCGAUGGUUCUAUGAAAGUGGCCCUCUUCACGGCCGUCAUUUGUCAUGGCUUCCAUCUGUCCUGAGCAAGUCAUUCCUUUGUCGCUCGGCAUCUCCAGCACCCCUACCAUUAAAAGCCCUGUGUUCUCUGCACUGUUUGGCCAGGAUAAUCUCUGGCAACCUUUCCAUGCUAAGAGUUUGAACCUGACCAUAUGGACUGUAUAAACAAGGGUAGGGCCUCUGCAUACACUCCAAUCACUACACUGCUUUUUCUAUAAAAAACUACCCACAAGCCUUUAACCUUUAAUAAAAGCAAAAUUGAAAAGGUUAGUAUUUGGGGGUGGGGUUGGGGACUGACCUCUUCUUAAGCCAGAACAUCUGAGCUGAGUGUUUUAAUAAAUCUGAUUUUUCUCAAGACCCCAGUCUCUGCUGUAUCCCCUCCCUCCCCUCCCCUGCCUUUGCAGAGCCUUAGGGGGAUGAGGCCAGUCUGCCUAGUGCUUGGCUCUCCUUCCAGCUAGCGCAUCACCACGCAUGGGAACCUGAGAGCAUGACACCCAAAGGCCUCCCCUUCCCAGUCUUCUGGGAUGCCCUGCUCCCACUCAGAGCAUGUACUUGCUUCCAGAGAAUUCCAGCCAGUCCACCAUCAUGUGGUAGGCUGAGAACUUCAAAGCUCGAGGAGGGUUUGGAGGGAAAGAAAGCUAGGGCUGCGUGGGGCUGGGGCUCUUGCAUGCACUACCCAGCCUUCUGCAAAGAGAUCUAUGAGCACCUUGGGCCAGUCCGGUGACAAACGCCAGCACUCCGCGUUCUUGUGCCAGGAAGUGGCUGCCCACCCCCGCUCUCUGGAGUCCUUUGGAGCUUUCUGAUGUCACCAGUGACUUGGUCUGCAAAAGCCCCCCUUGCAGAAGGGAGACGCUGACAUGAUUGAUGGUUUUCUCUGUAAGCUCUUGGUUUUCCACGUAUAAGGUGAGCACCAUGCAAAUGGCUGUGCAGAAAGCAGCAACAUUUCUGCACUGUACAAACAGAACCAUUCUGAGCCACAGGACGCCUUGCUUAGUGAGGCCUUACAGUUUUGCUUUUUUUUCCCCCCAUCCUGAUAGGUGAUUGCGCUUCUGGGCUUUAUUUUAUCUUGGCUAAUUUAAGGUUCAGGGUGGGCUGGAUGUUCUUAGACACUAGGAGCGGAGGUGGGAGCAAAGGAAGAAGGGCGCCAUCUGCUAUUUUUCUAAUGAGUUCCGAGCUCACCUGAAGAGGAUUGCGAGGCAACUCCACCCAGAGACUGCAGCCGGCUUCCAACAGAACGAGGCUGGAGUACAGAAUCCAUAGCACCUGUUUAAGAGUUGAUGCGGGAAAUGGUCUAGAAAGUCCUCUGUGAAUAACCCCAAGCUGUAAGCACAACCUAGCAUGCCCGGGUAGCGACACCACGCUGGGACUAUGGCAGCUCCUCUGUCCCCUCCUAACUGGAGUCAGUUGCCGAGGCGGUGGGACACUGGCAGAGGGGAGAGGCUGUCUCCAAGGUUAAGAUCUGGUUGUUGUCUACCCCACCCCCACACAGAUGAGGUCAGGCCAGCAGACGAAGGCAGACAGGGUGAGAAGUGUUGUCUCUUGGGUUUGCCAAAUUGGAAAGUAGAAGGGGGCACUGGCGUUCACACAUCCAAGGAUGUAGCAACCAUGUGAGCCGACGAGAGCCCCUGGCAGGUGCUUUUUAUUCAUAAAGAGCUAUGGCUCAUUUUUUGAUAGAUAAUAUAUAUUUAUUAAAUGUAUUAAUGUGUAUUUUAUAAUGUACCCUCACUCUUCCCCCACCUUGGCUGACUUGCAUACUUAUAAACAAAAUUGUUUGGGAAAUUUCAAGACAAUCAGUAUGUACAUAUAAAUAUCACAGACUGAAAAGGUUGUUAAGCAUGGGCAGAUAGGUUUUAUUUUCAAAAUGCUGUUCUUAACAAGAAAAUAAAGGCUUUACUAUUUACCUAA